AUGGAUAAAUGGGGUCAUAUCGAAUCUGAGGUUGCAGAUUUUGAUGGGAAAAGUUUGCUGAUUUACAAGUUUAACCCCAAAUUCACAACAGCACUAAAAGAUGUAAUUUCUCUGAAGUUUAAAACUAUCCAGAGAGAAGGGAUCCUGCUCCACAGAGAAGGACAGAAUGGAGAUCAUAUCACUUUGGUUUUAGUUAAUGGAAAGCUUUGUUUACUCAUCAACAUAGGUGAUGCUAAAAUAUAUUCUGCUGAUGCCCAGAUUAAUAUCACUCUGGGUAGCCUUUUGGAUGAUCAGCAUUGGCAUUCAGUCCUAAUUGAACAUUUCAAUAACCAAGUGAACUUUACAGUUGAUAAACACACUCAUCAUUUUCAUGCAAAAGGAGAAUUCAAUUAUUUGGAUCUUGAUUAUGAGCUCAGCUUUGGAGGGAUUCCAAUGCCAGGAAAACCAGGGAUAUUACCAUGGAAAACAUUUCAGGGAUGCUUUGAAAAUCUUUAUUACAAUGGUGUGAAUGUUAUUGAUUUGGCCAAGAGACAUAAACCUCAAAUCAACAUUAUGGGCAAUAUAUCCUUCUCUUGUGCAGAGCCUCCAAUUGUUCCUGUCACCUUUUUGAACUCCAAUAGCUAUCUAGCAUUGCCUGGCACAUCAGGACAAGAUGAAAUUUCAGUCGGUUUUCAUUUUCGAACCUGGAACAAUGAAGGGCUCUUGCUUUCAAGCAAACUCUUCCAGUCUACAGGUGGCCUCCUCUUGUAUCUAAGUGAUGGAAAGGUUAAACUCAGCUUCUAUAAAACAGGAAAGGCACAGCGUGAGAUCAUUGCAGGUAUAAAAAAUAAAUGA